CGACGGCGCGAGUGUGGAGCCGCCGUGUCUGUUGCCGAGCGCCUCCAUUGCGAGCGCCCACAAGACAUAUCGACCCUGCAGCGGGCCGACAGUGGCCCGACCGACCGACCCACCAUACGCACAACGUGGUGCGGCCCCAGCACGCUUGACUUUCACGCAAUGAUCGAGGAGCUGCACUAGACAUGCUGGAGAAGAAAGAUAGCGGCCCGCUGUGCGUGGCUUCGCGGUCCUCCGAGGAGCAGCCCGGCUGGCUGGACAGCGAGGGCGAGGAAAGUGCAGGGCUGUUGCCGUGCCGCCUCCAGCUGGCCCACUCGGUCAUGCCCCCGGAGGUGGUCUACUUUGACGAGACCGGCGACAGGUGCUGCAUCUCGUCCUCCUCCAACAAGAGCGACCCCGAACCUGCCGACGACGAACCGUCCAACCUCAUCCUACAGGAGGCCGGCUCGCAGCUCAUGUUCCCGCUGGAGGUGACCCUACAGGAGGAGGCGGCCCCCGGGGGCGGCUCGCUGCCCGAGCUGGCUCGGGUGCCGAGCGCGUGCAGCACCCUGGAGGAGGGCAAGGGGGCGCCGCCGCUGGUGCUGGGGUCGGCGCCCGCCGCCCCCAUCGCCAUCGGCCGCGGCAUUUUGCACAGCAGCUCCUCCAAGAUCAACCGGAAGAACUCGCAGGUGUGUUUCCGCGACGACUGGGAGGUCGACAGCCCCCUCCUGCCCGCCGCCGCCGCCGCGCAGCACCACAACCUGCAGCCGCCAGCGCCUGUGGCGGAGGUUGAGGUGCCCGGGGAGGAGGAGGACGAGUACGAGUUGGUGCCGCCGGACGGGGGCUGGGGGUGGCUGGUGCUGGCGGGUUCAGUGCUGGUCAACAUCCUGGUGCCGGGCACGGUCAAAUCGUUCGGCGUGCUCUUCGUCGAGUUCCUCGAGGUUUUCCACGCGACGCCGGCGGCGGCCGCGUGGAUCCCUGCGCUGUGCUACUUCCUGUACAGCUCGCUAGGCCCCGUCGCGAGUGUCCUCUCGGCCAAAUUCUCUUAUCGCACAGUCACCAUCAUGGGCGGCCUCUUCGCCGCCUUCGGCAUGAUCCUCAGCUACUUUGCAAGCUCCAUCACCUAUCUCUAUGUUAGUUUUGGAGUUUUGGUUGGAACAGGCGCUGGUCUCGCCUUCCCGCCCGGAGUUUUCAUCGUCUCUUCCUAUUUCCAAAAACGCAGAGGUCUGGCCAAUGGAAUCUGCAUCUCUGGCAGCGCCAUCGGCUCCAUCAUUCUGCCGCCGUUCCUCAGGCAUCUGCUGACAAAUUACGGAUACAGGGGUGCUGUUUUGAUAAUGGGAGGCAUCACGUUCAACGUGCUGGUUGGCGCCAUGUUCUACCACCCUGUGAAGGAGCACAUGAAGAGGGUGAAGAAAGAGAAGCCGGAGAAGGCGGAAAAAGAUUUGGUGGCGACCAAAGUGACGCAGCCGGUGGCCAUCGAGAGGUCCUGCAGCCCCCAGCAAGUGGCCGCCUCCCAGCCCAUCAGCAUCCCGGCGGCCGGGGGCGACGGCCAGUCGUGCCACCCGCAGAUGUUUUACUUCGAGGGCAGUCCGGAGCAGGAGACGGGCGACUGGAUGGCGGCCCAGAGCGCCUCCUUCCUCGGCCCCAGCAUCGACAAGGCCUCGGUCGAGAACAGCCCCAGUCCGCUGGCCCUCAGGGAGGUGCUCGAGCAGCAGGACGGCGGCGGCGGCAAGAAGCUCGACUGGGACUUCUUCAGCACCCUGCCCCCCGCCAAGCAGAGGCUCCUCAGACUCUCCUUGCGGCCGGUGCAGAACCAGGCCGUCGCCGCCGCCAUCGGCACCUCCAACGUCCAGCCCACGCUCUCCAGGAGUUUCAGCUCCAACGUCUCCCUCUCUUCAUUCAGGUACAUCAGUACUGUGCACCACGGAAGCACCCUGGCCGCUCUGCAGCAAAACCCGCGCGACAACGAGAUGUUCGCCUCAACCCUGACCCUAAAGUCGGUGACCAAAUCCUGCUGGGAGUCUUUUAGCGAUUGCCUGAGCUGUUUUCGCCGCAAGAAAAGCAAAAAGUCGGAAAAACCGCCAAUUGACGACGACAAAGAAGGAUCUGCCGACUCGACCUCCAAACUCCUUGACUUGUCCCUCCUCAAGGAUUCACUCUAUCUGGUCAUCUUGCUGUCCAACUCGACGAACGCGAUCGGGUACACCAACUUCAUCAUCCUGCUGCCGGCGUACGCCAUCAGCCUGGGGUGCGACAAGGAGAGCGCGUCGCUGCUCCUGUCUUUGGUGGCCGCGCUGGACCUGGUGGGGCGCAUCGGCGGCUCGGCGCUCUCGGACCUGCACUUCAUGCCGCGCAAGUACUACUACAUCGGGGGGCUGUUCCUGUCCGGCCUCAUCCUGACCGUGAUGCCGCUGAUGGCCGCCGCCGGCUUCACCUACCUGGCCGUCGCCUGCGCCAUCUUCGGCCUCGGCUCGGGCACCUACGUUGGCGUCACGGCCGUCCUGUUUGCGGACAUGCUGGGCGCCGAGCGCCUCGCCUCCUCCUUCGGCAUCUCCCUCUUCUUGAACGGGGUGCUCCAGCUUCUGGGCCCACCUGUCUGCGGCUACGUCCUCCAGCGCCUCGGCAACUACUCGGCCAUCUUCUCCACCUUGGGGGUGGUUUUGCUCAUCGGCGCCGCCAUGUGGGGUCUCAUCCCCCUCAUCGAGCGCAAAAGACAGAGGGAAAGUGAGCAGGCCACCGUUUGAACAUUUUGAACGCUGAUUUAAAGUGGAUGUCAGCAAAAGCACGAGGGUACUUUUGGACCAAUCUGUUAGCUUUGUUUGUUUAAUUAAUUAAUUCGUUCUGAGGAAAACCAUUCAAAAAGAGGUAUGUUUUUUAGGCCCAAAAAUUUACUGCUCAAAUCCUGUAUUCAAUUUUUUAAAUAAGGCAAAAUCUGAAGACAAAUGGACUGCUUUCAGUUUUCUAUAAAAGCAUUCCUAAAAAAUUCAGAGUAAAAAUCGUUUGAAGCUUGAUAAAAUUGAAAAACAUACCUUUUUCCAAAGAAUUAUAUAUAUUAUAUUUCAUUGGAUAAUUAUUAUUGCGUGUCCCUCAAUCCACUUGGAAUAUAUUCAUGUGCCCUAAUUGAAUUUUGCUAGGAGUUUUAAGUGAAACUCUUUGUGCGCCGAAACAGGCCAUUUUUUCCAUUGAGCUUGAAAAUAUUGCAAUUUUAAUCAUCUCUCCCUCUCUCUGGAUUUCAUUAGACUUCAUGAAAUUAAACGAUUUUGCUUCUUUGUCAUUAUUAUUACGUUGUCUUUUGACAGAAAUAUAUUUUAUAAUAUACACAGAGCGCGUGGAAACUUUAUCAUCAGCGUAGGCGCUGCUCCAGCUUAUUAAAGUUGGACGAAAUGGGAAAAUACGAGUGCAAUAAUGUUCAAUUACAUAAGUGAGCGGAAGACAGAGCAUCAUGAUGUAUCUCAGGAUUAUAGUACGUAGUGAGACUUAAAAAUUUUUGCGCGUUUUCGACUUAGGCUGUGUUCAAUUUAAUGCAGUCGCUGCUCCGCCGCGUUUUCGGUGCCGCCCCAUUAAAUAAUAAUUUCACCGGCAAGGCUCGGAACUGGAUUUUAGCAAAUAGUUUUUGUCCCUAAACGUAGAUUUUAUAAUAUUAUAUACUUGUCCCCACAGUAAGACUUCCAGUUCCCAAAGCCUAAAAAGAUAAUUUUUGCAGCAUUUUCUGUGAAAGUGCAUAAAAAAUCGGACAAUUUUUUCCCCUUUUCUUAUAAACACAGUCAUUGUCCGUCCAGGAAAAUAUGGCUAGAGAGUAAAUAACUUGCGGAGCAAGUUUAUACAUAGUUAGACCACUUUUUGAGAUGACUAACGUGUUGCAUUUAUCGAUUUAUCUAUAUUGAACCUUUUUAUUCUUCGCAAAGGGCACUUGAAUUCGUAAAAGAGCAUCGACUGCAAGGAAGAAAAGAGCAGGAUUGAUUAUUUGAGCGGAAUUAUACAAAUUGUGAUCUGAAUCAAGAAGCAAAAGAUGA